AUGACAACUUCUACUCAAAUCUUUUCUACAUCUGAUCAAUCAUUAAAUCAAAGAUCAACAACUAUUGAUAAACCAAGAUCUAGAUCUUCAAGUUUUUCAUCAAAUAGUAUAUUUUCAUCAGAAGAAUUGUUAGUUGAAAAAUUAGAUACUUUUAUUUCAUCGUUAGAAUCAAGGUUAAAUAAUUUUGAAAAAUUUUUCAAGUUUAAUAAUAAGAAUGAUAAUGAUAAUGAUAAUGGGAAAGUAAUAGAUGAAGUAGAGGAGGAGGAGGAGGAGGAGAAAGAACAACAUAGAAUAUUUCAUAGAAGAUCAUCUUCUUCAACUUCAUUAAAAUCAAUUAAAGAAUUUUCAAUAAAUAAUUUAGAUCAAAUUCAUCAAAGAUUGAAAUUAAUCCGUAGUAAAGUGUUAUCUAAUUCAUUUACAAAUUUGGAAAACUUAUAUAAAUUACUAGAUGAUCAAUAUAACUAUUUAUUCAACUCCAAUGAAGAAACCACAGAUAAUAUACCCACGGUAAUUUCGGGUCCAAAUAAGAAAGAGAUACUUUCUAAAAAGAUUAUCACCACCAUGCAAUAUUUUGAUGAAAAAUUAUUACAAAUUGAUGAUUUUAUAAAGGAUAAACAACCACAAUCUGUAGAUUAUGAUUAUUCACAUAAUGAAUUAUUAAAUAAAUUAAAAUUUUUUAAUUUUAAUAAAGCUUUAAAAUAUGCAGAAUCUAGAAAUUUACAUUAUUAUGAACUACCUUUGAUUUGGAGAGAAAAUAAAUAUAUCAUACAUGGAUAUAGAUUUAGUUUGAACCAUUCAACAAUGUUAAGAUCAAUUUUCAAAUUUAAUCAUAAUGAAUCGAUGAACAUAUGGUCUCAUUUAAUUGGAUUAGGGAUAAUAUUAUAUAUUGCACUUUUUCAAUUUCCAAGCACUUCAAUUUUCAAUAAUAAUAAUACUUUUGGUGAUAAUUUAAUAAUUUAUUUUUUUUUAAUUGCUAGUAUUAAAUGUUUAAUUACUUCUUCAAUCUGGCAUACUUAUUCAUGUUUUGCUCAUUAUCCCACUAGACAAAGAUUUGCAUGUAUUGAUUAUACUGGAAUAACUGUCUUAAUUACAUGUUCUAUAAUAUCAGUUGAAUAUUGUGCUUUAUAUCAACAUAAAAAUUUAUUAAAAGCUUAUAUUAUAUUUUCUACUUUAUGUGGUUUAACUGGUUUUAUAUUUAAUUGGUCUCCAUAUUUUGAUAAACCAGAAUGUAGAUCAAUUAGAAUUGCAUUUUUUGUUGGAUUAGCAGGUGGUGGAGCAACUACAUUUUUUUUCAAAUUAUAUUUUGAUGGAUUUUUAAAUAGUUUGAAAUUUUUUUUACCUUUAACUUAUAAAAGUUUUAUUUGGUAUAUGCUUGGUGUCGUAUUUUAUGGUGGUUUGAUUCCUGAAAGAUGGAGAUAUGAUGUUAUAAUUGAAGAAAAUAAUAUUAGUUCAUGUCAACAUAAUUAUGAUGCUUCUGAUGUACUUUUGGAUAAAAUGGGUAUGGCUGGUGAAGAAGAGAUUGAACAAAUUGAAGAUGAAGUUGAAGAAAUUGCAAAUAAACAUGAAAAUGAAAAUGAUGAAGAAAGAGAUUUUCAAUUAUUAAUUGAUAAACAUUUUAAAUCAAAUCCAAUUGAAAAUAAACCAUUUAAUAAAAAUUUCAUGAGUUUAUGGUGGGUUGAUUAUUUUUUAGCUUCUCAUAAUAUUUGGCAUAUUUGUGUUGUUUUAGGUAUAUUAGGUCAUUAUUCUUGUUUAAUCGAAAUGUUUAAAAAUUUAGAAAGAGUCUAA